CGUAUAGACAAGCGUUACAAACCGACUUGGAUCGGUUCUCGACUCAUCAGUGUCAUUCAAGCAUCCCGUUGAGACACACGAUUGUGCAAUUUCUUCAUUGAGUAUCCAGUCAAGGGCAACGCAAUAUGAGGCUUAACAGUGUCAUACCGAAUUUUAAAGCCGAGACCACACAGGGUCCUAUCGAUUUUUACGAAUGGCAAGGAAACUCAUGGGUGGUUAUAUUUUCUCAUCCUGCGGAUUUUACUCCUGUGUGCACUACCGAAUUAGGUCGCAUUGCCGUGCAUCAGCCAUUCUUCGAGAAGCGCAAUACCAAGCUGCUUGCUCAUUCAGUUGACAAGCUCAGGGAUCACGUGGAUUGGGUCAAUGAUAUUAAGUCGUACUGCAGAGACAUUCCCGGAGCUUUCCCGUAUCCCAUCAUUGCCGAUCAUGAUCGUAAACUUGCCGUGCAACUGGAUAUGAUCGACGAGCAGAGCAAGGACGAUCCAGAAACCGCUCAGACUGUUCGAGCUCUGUACAUUAUCAGUCCGGAUCAUCGUCUGCGACUCUCUAUGCAAUAUCCAACUUCCACCGGACGCAACGUCGACGAGAUAUUGCGUGUGAUUGAUUCGUUGCAGCUGGUCGAUAGACGACCGGAAGUAGCAACUCCCGCCAAUUGGGUGCCUGGUGAGAAAGUAAUGAUCCUGCCGACAGUGAAGGAAGAGGAUCUUCCGAAGCUCUUUCCAGGAGGUGUCGAUCGGGUGUCUAUGCCGUCUGGAAAAGUCUACGUCCGCACUACUACUGAUUAUUAAUCGCGAACGAAUUUUUCUGUACAUGCAAAUAUUUCUUUACAUACUCUCUUCCGAUCGGUUUUUACAUCUAAUAAAGAGUUAUUGGUUCAACGUUUUAAAACAAAUCUAUAAAUUUAAAGCAGAUUGUACUUUUUCGUUGAAAUUUCUCCAAUAAAAAUUACACUUUAACAACA